CAAGGUCGAGAAGAGAGGAGACUGAGGUGUUGCGGCCAUUUCUUCCGCCUACUUUUUCUGAGCUCCUGGCAGAGCUUACAGCAGCGCCAUGUUAGGCCAGAGUAUCCGGAGGUUCACCACCUCCGUGGUCCGUCGCAGCCACUAUGAGGAGGGUCCUGGGAAGAAUUUGCCAUUUUCUGUGGAAAACAAGUGGCGGUUACUGGCUAUGAUGACUGUGUUCUUCGGAUCUGGAUUUGCUGCUCCUUUCUUUAUAGUAAGGCACCAGCUACUUAAAAAAUAAGGAUAUUUAUUCCAACUCUUUAACAGGAUGAAGAAUGUUUAAGAGAUGAUCUGAAAACUGGAUUAAACUCUUGAACUCUUAAACUACAUGCAAUUGUAAAUAAACUAAUGAAAUAAAAAAAAAAAAAAAAAAAAAAAAAAAAAAAGAA